GGUCAUUGUCGUAAGUCUUGUGUGUGCCAUCGGUCGAGUUGAUCCGUUAGCAUAACACACCUAGGAGUGUGGAUUAGCUUAGAUAAUUAAGCUUUCAAGAAGGCCACCGUUGUAGUAUUUAUUCACUGGGCACUGGUCAGUGGAUCAUUUCGUCUGGACUAACCACCAGGUGUCCCACAGGUUACUUGUCUUGCGUGUUUUGACCCAUCACCAUGAGCGCCGCCUUCCGUUACUCUCGGUCCUACGUUGGCCCGGUCAAGGCCUGCAUCCUGGACUGGAGCGGCACCACCAUUGACAAGUACGUGCUGGCCCCGGCUGUGGUGUUCGUGGAAGUCUUCAAGAAACACAAGGUCCCCAUUAGCAUGCAAGAGUCCAGGCUGCCCAUGGGCCUCCGUAAGGACUUGCACAUUAAGGCUAUCACUGAGAUUCCUGAGGUCAGGCAGAGGUGGAAGGAGGUCCAUGGAAAAUUCCCAGACCAGAGCUCAGUGGAUGCAAUGUUCAAGGACUUUGUCCCCAUGCAGAUUGCAGUUCUGAACAAGUACUCUGAGCUCAUUCCUGGGGCAGCUGAAGCUGUGAGGACCCUGAAAAAAGAGUUUGGACUGAAGAUUGGUGUCACAACUGGCUUCACCAGGAGCAUGGUGGAUGUGUUACUGGAGGCAGCCAAGAAGCAAGGAUAUGAACCAGAUGUGAAUGUAGCUGGAGAUGAAGUAAUCCAUGGUGCAAGACCCAACCCAUUUAUGGUUUAUCGCAAUCUUGACCUGCUCAAUAUACCAAAUAUACACUCUGUAGUCAAGGUAGAUGAUACUGUAUCAGGUGUAGGGGAAGCUUUGUCUGCAGGGUGCUGGGGGGUCGGUGUGGCAAGACACAGCAAUUACAUGGACAUAAAUACCCUGGAGGAGGACACACAGCUGUCUGCUGAGGACAUCCAAAAGCGCCUGGCCAAGUCUCGGGACAUUCUCGUCAAGUGCGGAGCUCACUAUGUCAUCGACACCAUCGCGGAGCUGCCAUCUGUGGUCGAGGACAUAAACGCCCGUCUGGCAAGAGGAGAAAAGCCUUAGGAACUAUUGUCAUAGAAAUGGAUACACUGUAGGGCUGUUCAUCAUUUUGUGUGUUUUGAAUGCAUAUGACUGUGAUAGUGAUGUGUAAUAGAUUGCUGUCCGGUGACCAAUUUCAUUCCUGUAAAUCUUUAUUUAUAAGAUACUCUUGUGAUUAGAGUAAUGGCAUUGUCAAUGAUUAAAUGUUGUUAUCAGUGAUUUUUUUUUUACAAGGUUCAUUUUUUUUUCUCCAUUUCAGAGCAAUGCUUAUUCAUUGCUGGUUAAGUAGAUAGAUCUAUGUGUAAUUUUUUUUUUACAAUUGCAAUCUCUAAAACUUGUCAUAAGGUCUAACUCAAUCAUCUAGUCUUUAAAUUUGUCUCACUCUGUUAUUGUAUUCCUUUGUUAUUGUCAUAAGACCAUGUAUCUUUUUGUAUUGUCAGAACUGGAUAUUACUGAGCUGAUAUUAAUUUCAUUAAAAAUAUAAUUUUAUUGUA